UGAAAGUUAAGGUAAAACUAUAGAAUAUAAAAACACUUAAGCCUUGAUUAUGGCGGGCUUAAGUGUUCUACAUGUGACUCUUCGUAUGACAGUCAAGGAGUUGGAAACCGUUUUGAAUGACACGAGUAGUGUGUGCUUUGGGUGUGUGGGUCUGGAGUCCAUUUGUGACUUUUGAGAACCUGGGCAUGUAGAUCAUGAAAAACCCACUUCAUAAAGACAGGAAAAGGAUCAUUUCAUGGCCUGUGGAAAAUACUUAAUAUUGGAUUCAUUUGACGUUCUUGUUGUUGUAAUGGGAGUUAGUUAAAGGCAGGUUGAGUAGAGGAGGAGCAUUAGAUCAGUUGAGGAAUCAUAUCCUGACUGGAUGGGGAGAACACUCAAUUUUUUUGACUUCAGUGGUGGGAGAAGACAGUCCAGUACUAAUGACUUGAAGGCUCCCCGAAAUUGUUCAGAUGUCUCAAAUGAGACAUCAACAGGACAUAUGAGCAGUAACAUCAACAGGCAAGAGAAACAGUUUACAUACGAAAUGACGAAGGCCUCUACUGCAAAAAAGAAAGCUGUUGGCAUGCCCAUGAAAACAUUGAUAGCUCAAGAAAUGUCAAGAAAAGAGACAGAUUCUAAGUGCCGUACACCCAGUGUUAUUGCUCGUCUUAUGGGACUUGAUGCAUUGCCAACAGAGUCACUUUUAACAAAUCAAACGAAAGAAGCAGAAAAUCAUACAAAAAAGAAGCAAUCCUGGAAGCAGCAACAACAGUCUAAGUCAACAGUGGAUGUUAAAGAUUCUUUACAGAAAGCAAAAGAUUUGGAAAGAAAACGCAGUCAGCAUAUUUCUUCUGCCAAAUCUCAGCAAUGUGCUGUUGAUAAACCAGAUGGUGAAAUGGUUCCCCAAGAUAAUCAUUAUUUGUAUACUUCACAUAAAAUGCAACAACAAAAGUUCAAGAAAGAUUUUGAAACUUGGCAAGCCUCAAAGUUUCGAGAUAAUCCAGUUUCCAUUGAGACAGAAAAACUAAAUAUGCAGACAGUUGGCAACCAAAUGCUCAAGUAUGAAAAAUUGAAUGAGGAAACGAGGGCCCUUGUACGUAAAAAUUUUAUGGAUGCUAAGCGCCUUGCAACAGAUGUGAAUCUUCAGAGGUCCAAAGAGUUUCUUGAUGCAGUAGAAAUCUUGCAAUCAAACAAAGAUGCAUUUCUGGAAUUUCUUGAACAACCAAAUGCAUUGUUGGCAAAGCAAGUUAGAGAUUCAGAGUUCACUUCACAGUCUCAAUCCCAACUAAAACAAAUUACUGUAUUGAAGUCAUCUAAUGCAAUAAGAACAAGCCAAUGGUUGAAGGAGGAUACUAAUAGGGAAAAGUCUCUCAAGAAAGGGGUACCAAAUGAGAAGCAUCUCAGAAAACAGAAGGGGCAAAGGGAUAUUGGUGAAAAGAAGGAAACACGUGAAGUAUGGGGCUUACCUCCAUCAAGACCUGCAUCAGUGUGCUCGCUACCUGAUCAAUACAAGCAGUCACAUUCAAAUGGUAGAAACAGUUCUGGAUCUUUGCCAACUAGGAUAGUUGUCUUAAAGCCUGGUCCCGGAAGGGUACAAAAUGUUCAAUCUGAUUCAACCCCAAGCUACUCUCCACAGUAUCAGACUUGCACCAAAGAUCCAAAAGAAAUGGAAAAAACUAAAACCCAAGAUUAUCUGCAAGGAGUCCGUAUACGCCUUGAAAUGGAGAUCAGAAAGAAUAGUAAGGAUAAAUCUAAGAAUAUCAAGAAGGAUGUUGAGAAACAAUUUGGCAGUGAACCCAUCUAUCAUAGGGAAAUUGCUUCAGAUAUUGCACGACAUCUGAGGCAAACUUUAACCAGAGAUGCAAUGAAUGAUGCACCUGCAGAAGUCUUAACAUCAUUGACUGAUUCUUCUGGAAAUGUUUCACGGAGCAGAUCAGAAAAUGGCUAUGAAGAUGUGGAUCAAGAGGUUUAUACACCUGUCUCAAAGCUUUCAUGGGACUCUUCAGAUAGAUUCAGUCUUCCAUCACCUUCUGUUAGUGCACCGUCUGAUUCUUCCGAGUCUACUGUUAACAGAGAGGCUAAGAGGCGUCUAUUAGAGAGGUGGAAGUCAACGCAUAGGAAUGUAGAGGAGCAGCAGCAACGAGUUUCAAGCACAUUGGCAGAAAUGCUUGCUCUUCCAGAACGAAAGAAUCAGGUGUCAGGUUCGAAAAGCCUCAAGGAAAAUGGUAAAGCUAUUAUGUCCGCCGAAGAAUGUGAAGUUUAUGAAAUGCUCAAAUUAGAAAGGAAAAAUAAAAAAUCAGUGAGACAUGAAGGAGCUGCAGAAUGGGAAGGCUCAUUGGUUCAAAGGAAUGAAGAUGAUGAUGGUAAUGUGUCAUCCAGGAAUUUUCAGAGAUCAAGGUCAGUUCCAGUGUCAUCUACAACUUAUGAUGGAGGCAUCAUUGAGAUGCAAUGGAAGGCACCAAUUCUUGAUGCUAGAAAUACACAUGCCAUUGAUUAUGACAGGUCAAGCAGCAGUCUUUCUGCAUCAUCAAUUAACUCCAAGAAUGAUAAAUCCAUUUCCAAGGGAAAAGUUUCUAGUAUAAAAUGCAACUUUUUAAUGAGAGGGAAAUGGUCAAACAACAAAAAAUCUAACUCUCUGGACUUUAUGCAAUCUAGUCCUAAUCUUCAGUUGCAAUCAGAUAAGGAGCUGUCCGUUUCCAUGGAGCAAAGGGCAGAGGAAACAUACCAAUAUAAAGAGAUAAUGGGAUCUUUUAGCUCUCUGGCGCAACAGGAAUCUUGUGAAGUCAUGAGAGAUGCUCCAGAAGAGAUUACUGAAACAGAUGAUUGUUCAGUAGGUGCCAUAAGUGAAAACUCAGGCUUAGAUGAAGAUGGUUAUAAACAACCUAUUUUUGAAUCAUCUGUCAAGGACCCCAUUCCUUUUGAACGCCAAGAAAUGUUGUCUUGCAUUGGUGCUGGUUACAAUACAGGGGCAAUUUCAUCAGUAGUGCAACCAGAAUUUCCUUCACCUUGCAGUCCAAUAAAGAAAUUGCCUGUAUUUGAGAACCAUGUUCCAGAAACCAAUAUUGAUAAAGGUGAACAUCCAAGUCCAGUGUCCGUUCUUGAUUGUCCUUUUCAAGAAGAUUUUUCCAGCCCAAACGAGUUCAAAGAAAUAAGCUCAAAUCUUCAUGAACUGCGUUUACAACUUCAUCUACUCAAGUGUGAAGGGUCGGAAAGGCCCGUGCAAAGGUCUGAAAAUCUCUUACAUGGGGACAACUUACAUUUCAAAGAUAAUAAAAUUGGAGAUGAGGAUGUUGUAAGGGAAAAUAAUUGCAACACGCCAUCAGAGGCCGAAACACCCCAGUCCAAGAUUAUAUUUUCUGCCAUUGGAAAGUUUGACAUUGAAUCUCUAAAAAUGGAUGGUAUUUGGUGUUCGGAGGAGCAGUUGCCUGAUCUACUAUAUGUCAGAGAUGUACUUGUUGCUUCUGGUUUCAUUGGGGAUUGUAAUACAAUUUUUGCAAGAUGGCAUUCCCCAAGCAAUCCAUUGGAUCCCCAUUUGUUUGGCAAAUUAGAAGAUUUGUAUAAGGACACCACACAAUCUGAAAGAAAUUUCAGUGACUUUGAAUUUGCUGAGGUAGGUGCAUCCAUGGGAAUAAAGGCUCACAGAAGCAAGUCAGAACGACGUCUCCUAUAUGACUGCACAAAUGAAGUACUGUUGGAAAUAUUAGGAUCAUUUCUUAAUCGCCAUUCCUGGGUGAGACCAACAAAAAUGAACCUUAAGCCUAUGGCUGCUGGUAAGCAGCUAUUGAAAGAGACAUGGGCAAGAAUUUGUCAUCACCUUUAUCCACAGGCAGAAGUUCGCUACACUUUAGAAAACCUUGUAACAAAUGAUUUGUCUAGAGAAACUGUGUGGAUGGAAUUGAAAGGUGACAUGGAAAUCACAGGACAUGAAUUAGAGAGGGCAAUAUUUGCUGACUUAAUUGAAGGUAUUCUUUGUGAUCUUGUAUCAUAGGGAAUGGGCUGUAGUUGUUACUUAUAUUGUCUAUAUUGUAUUUUUCUUUAUAUUGUGAUAUAAUUGACCAAUUUAUUCAAUGAGGGCUGUAUCCUCGAUGUUGUAUUAAAAGAGAUUUAAAAAAAAAAUGAUGUCAUAGCAGCUAAGCUGCACGCAUCUGAGUAUGAUUAGAGGGCCUUCUUAUUUCUUAAAUGAGACGCUUUGAACAAAGGUUUAAGAGUUGUGAGUCACCGAAUAAAAUGAAUCAGUUUGAUUUAAAGCAACAGUUUUGCUUUCUAGAA